AUGAGGAUUUCAACCCCGCACCUAUCCUCGUGGCUUCCGCUGAGCAGUUUCAUCGGUACCAUUCUUGGACAGGAUGACCUCGGCACCAACAAUGGCUUCGUGGACAUUGAGACAUCCAACUUCAAGGCCCGAAUUGUGCGAGACGCUCAAAUUUUAGCGUCUCUGAAGCCCAAUGGGGACGACUUCGACUACCUCCCUUUCGACAUUCUGGGAAACCGUUCUCGUAACGGACAAUACCAUUGGGGUGAUGUUACCUACAGAUAUCGAAUUGAAGGCGACAACAGCUGGAUCGAUGGAAAUUCUGCCCAGACCCGCAAGCCUGUCGUUGCUCUAUCCCCAAAUGACGGGGUUCUUGCCGCCGCAGACCUCUCCUCCACGCUUCCCUCGGGCCCGCUCAACGUGACUCGAGAAUGGCUCAAUAUCGACGGCGAUCUCGCCCUGUGCUUCACCUUCAGCAACGCCGGGAACUCCAGCAUUGAGAUCGGUAGUCUUGGGUUUUCCGCCGAGUUCAACAGCAUUUUUACGCACCACCAUCCGGCGGACGCAACAGCGGCCUGUUCUCUUUCCGAACCGUAUAUUGGUAUGGACGCUGGCCAGAUUCGCGUUACCCCUAUCAAAGGCACAGGACCCGCACUCGUCGUCACGGCCCUCCAUGGAACCAAAUCACCACUGGAAGCGUACCGAAACUUAUGGGAGAUGGGCUACGGAGGAUCUUCCUAUUCAAGCCAGACGUUUGAGGUGAGGUUCACAAUCGCCCCUGAGGGCGUCCGAGGAUAUGACAAGGCGGUUCGAAAAGUUGGCCAGCCGACCGCGCUCAGCGUCCCAAGCUAUAUUCUUCCACGAGAUCUGCCGGGAAAGCUGUUCCUGCAGUCCGAUGCUCCCGUGACUAACAUCGCCAUUGACCCCCAGGGAUCGCUCUCCGUGGACCAGACCGGCGAUUCUGCUUAUUCAGUGACACCUACAGAUCACGCUUUCGGAAGAGCGAGGCUCACUAUUACGUAUGAUGAUGGGAAGAUUCAGACAAUUCACUACUAUAUCACCAAACCUGCCACCGAAGCUCUUCAGGACAUGGGCCAUUUGCUUACGACGAAAGCAUACUUUACCAAUGAGUCUGAUCCUUUUGGUCGUGCGCCAUCUGUCAUGACCUACGAUUGCGAGAGCGACUCGGUAGUCACGCAGGAUCUCAGGGCUUGGGUAGUCGGACUGAGUGACGAGGGCGGAGCUGGAGCUUACAUUGCGGCUGUCGUCAAGCAAGCUGUGUACCCGGAUGCGGACGAAGUUGCAAAACUUGACACCUUUGUGAACAAGGUGGUUUGGGGUAACAUCCAACAAGAAGACUACGCCGUCCGGAACUCCGUUUUCUUCUACGAGCCAGCAGAGGUGCCCGGGUUUGUGUACGAGAACUUUGACUGGAGCUCUUGGAUGUCUUGGAACAAAGGCCGGGCGCUUGCCACCGACAGAGGCUACAACUACGUUCAUCCCUCUGCAGCAUACUGGUCCCUCUAUAGGGUCGGAAGAGCUUACCCAGAGCUUGGUAUGAUCAUGACCGACCUGGUGCGUGAAGGGCUCGAAGAUGAGGCCGCCACUCUUGCGGCACUCAUAAAGUCUCGUGCCGAACACUGGAAUUCCAUCGACGCCCCUUUUGGGAGUGAGAUGGCAUGGGACUCUACUGGCCAGGAAGGCGUCUACUACUGGUCUAGACACUUCGGCUUCACGGACUUAGCGAAACGGGCAGUUGAUACCGUACUUGGCUUCACGCCUAAUGUGCCGCACUGGGGCUGGAACGGCAAUUCGCAUCGAUACUGGGACUUUGAUCUCGCUGGGAAGCUACGACGACUGGAGCGCCAGAUUCACCACUACGGAUCCGCUCUGAACUCCCAAGUCCUACUCUCGGCUUUCCGCGAUGACCCCUCUGACUCCUAUCUCCUGCGUACCGGUCACGGUGGAAGCUUUGCACCACUUUCGAACAUCAACGAGGCCGGUUGCCCGAGCGCUGGGUUCCACUCGUUCCCCGAGACCUUGAAGUGGGAUGGCUUCACCGGCGACUAUGGCCCGGGCUUCCUCAGCAUGGUCUUGAACACGGGAACAUACGUAGCUGAAGAUGAGCAAGUCGGCCUUGUGGCCUACGGCGGGGAAAUUUCGACCGAUGGCAAUAAGGUGACGGUCCUUCCGCGUGAUCCUGUCAGAAAGAGGAUAUUCAUCGGUCUUCUGGCUGUCAUAAUUACAGUCGGUGUGGGUGUCAUCAAGCAGUUUUCUUACAACGUCGAAGAAAGGACCAUCUCCAUGACCUUGUCGCAGCUUGUGGGCGUCCCAAAGGCCAUGAAUGCAACUGUGUGGACGGAAUCGAUGCAAUCGCCUUGGGAAGUCACUGGUGAUCAGGUCGAGACGGCCCGCGGCGGACGGAGAGUUUCUCGAGUCGAAGAUAAGGUUACCGUUACCCUGUCUUCAAAGUCGACUUGA